UGUCCGCGGAAGCGACGCGUGCGCAUCUUAUGUGCCUUACAAAAUGGACGAGAUACGCAGGAUUUUGGUCUUUAUUCUGUGUGGGAUAAGUGCUGUUACCGCGUUGUCUGGCAAGGCUUACUACUGCAGAGAUCCGGACACCGGGAAAUUUCACCCAGCAAACAGUACGUGGCCCUCCACAACGUUUUGCGGGAACUACACGUGCAAAUUAAGAAAGAAGGUGACACCGAAGGUCCAUUUGAGAGAACUUAACCUCACUAAAAUCAACCUAACUCAAAAUUCCGAAGCUAGAAACGUAGACGCAGAUGCCGAUGGACAAUUCUCCGCUAGUAACAUCACCCCGCAAAUUCUAAUACCUGUCAACGCCCCUGAUAAUGGCAUUGAAAAGACUCGUUUUAAAUCACAACUCCAAGAUGAGCUAAACAACAUCCAAGAAAGACUGAAACAAAAGAUCGACUUAGAAGGAGGUGACAGAUUCCUGACAGAAACCGAAAUUAAAACUAUAUCAGAUAUGCUGCAUAACGUCAAAAAGAGUGACUUGGAAGCUAUUGUCGAUAUUUACAAUCUAGCGCAAGAUAUUUACAAAGAAAUGGACAAGAUGACGUCAGAGAAUAUAAUAGAAGAGACGAUGAGGUUUGCGCAAAAUUUCAAAGCUAGAUCUAACAGUGGACAUAGUUCAUAUUGGUAUGACCCUGUCAAUAAAUAUCAUAAGCCAGACAUGGAGCACCAAGGGUCAAAUACUGUACCCACAACAGUCCAACCUCAACCUGUAGCCAAUCCCAGCACGUACUUCUCAGGUCCUCUAUCAAGAACUGAUUUUGGGAAGCUUCCAUAUUACUAUCCACUAUCCAGCUUUCAAAGACAGGCUUCUUAUAUUCAUCCCGCUUACAGCCCUCAAGCACAGCCUCAGCCAGUUUACCCAUCUUAUAUUCCACAGCCCCACCCCCAACCCCCACCACCAUAUGUGAAACCUCCGUGCAGUAACAAAAAUGUGGCAGCAGGGUACCCACCUCCGUUACCUCCCCAAUAUUACCCGCCACCACAAAACUUACCCCCAGUAAAUUAUCCACCACCUCAGAGCUACCCACCCCCACCACAAAACUAUGGUGGGGUACUAAAACGACCUUUUACAGUUGAGACUCAAAAACAGAUCCAACCCUCAAUGUUGCUUCCAUAUCCAUUCUCAUACAUCCCACAUAACGUAAGCUCUUACCCUUUCAAUAUUAAUUACGCUGAAAACCCAUGGGCUCGAUUUGAUGUCAACAACAAGAAUAAUGUACCAUCAAAGACUACCAAUGAACAGACUCCAGACAACACCAUAGCUGAUACAGACACAAAACCUGAUAAAGAACAAACAAAACCCAAAACUGACUUCAAAGCAAAAACAGAGGAGGAAAAAGCUAACAUUUUAGAUAGCAAAUUACUUGAAAGCUUGUUGAAUGGUAAGCUUCAUAAUAAAAAGCCAGAAUGGCAGACCGAUCCGUUACCAGCAAAGGUUUUGGAGGAAGUGAGAGCGCAUUUUGAAGAGAAAGCAAAAUUAUUCAAACCUUUUUCGCUAAGGAAAAAGGUGAAGUUGGAAAGAGUGGGUAAAGUUGUGAAAUUGGAUGAGUUACAUAGAGAGAGAAGGAGCAUAGAUACUGGUGCCAAAGAAGAAAGAAUAGAAAUUGAAGAAGAUUAUGAGGCGUUUAUAGAGAAAACCACCUGUCAAUCGGACAACGACCCCGGCUUCUUUAGGAUGGGCAACCUUUCUGAGCCCUACCCAGCCUGCUGCCCACAAAGGAUAGACAAUAACAGCCGAUAGGGUCUACUGGACCAUAUUAGUGGUAACAUUGUACAAAGCUCAAGUAAUUUAGGGUUAAACUAAGCUAUUAGAUUUGACUAAUAGGGCAAGAGCAAGA